GCCACCAGAACGAAUAAUCUCUCUUCCAAACCUUUUCCGAUAAUCAGACAUCGGAUUUGGAGUUUCUCGACAUGGACCCGUUCAAUAACAACAGUGGAGGAAACCAUUCGGACAGCAAAUUUGAGUCAGACUCGGAAGAUCCUGCGUUGGGUUCAGAUUUUAUUGAUACUAAUUUGGUACAUAAUAAUGACGAAGAUGAAGAUGAAGAUGAAGAUAUGCUAUGGGAAAUCAACUUGCAGUCGGAAGAACUACUAAGCAAUGCAGAUACAACGUCUGCAUGGCAACUGACACCCUGGAACAGUAUUUUAGUUAGUGGCGAAGGUGAAGAUGGUAUGCCAUGGUGGGAAAUCAACUUGCAGUCUGAAGAACUGCUAGACAAUGCAGCAGAAACAACGCCUGCAUGGCAACAGAGACCCUCGAACAAUAUUUUAGUUAAUGGUGAAGAUGAAGAUGGUAUGCCACGGGAAAUCAACUUGCAGUCAGAAGAACUACCAAACAAUGCAGGUACAAUGUCUGCAUGGCAACAGACACCCUGGAACAAUAUUUUAAUUGAUAGGGAAGAUGAUGUUAUGCAAUGGGAAAUCACGUUCCGGAGGUCGGAAGAACUACCAAACAAUGCAGAUACGAUGUCUGCAUGGCAACAGGCGCCCUCGAACAAUAAUACUUUAUUCUCUUUCGAACUUUCCCCUCCCAACACUUCCGAAACACUUGAGUGGGAAUGGCAAAGUGAUGAAGAUUAUUUUGAUAUUGAGAUUCCACCGCGGAGAAUUCUUCCAGCUGCGAAAUUUGUGGUGGAAGGGCUUCCAGAGGUUGAAAUGAGAGGUGGGACUGAAGCGGUUUGUGCUGUUUGCAGUGAGGAGAUUGCAGAGGGAGAGAAGGUGAAGAUGCUGCCCUGCUGGCACUAUUAUCAUGGGGAAUGCAUUGUGCCAUGGCUGAAGAUGAGAACUACAUGCCCAGUUUGUCGGUUUGAGUUGCCUACUGAUGGUGAACUUGAAUGGUAUUUGAGCAACAGGAGGAGGAUCUUGGAAGCUACUACUAACAAUGGGGACGACAAUGGCUCGCUGAAAGAUUUGCCUGUUAGGGACAGUUUCGAAUUAUCACUUGUGUUAGAUUAUGAGGAUUGCAAGCAACAUUGAUCAAUGGCAUUGGUUGAAUGCUCGCUCUUUCAGUGUCUAUUUUGAUGGCCAGUGUUAAUUAUCUCUUCGUAUGCAUAUAAAGGAAAGUAUAGAAU